AUGUCUUCACACGGCUACCACGUCCUCAUCCUCGGCGGUGGCGUCGCCGGACUGACAACUGCCAUGGCUCUCAUCAAAUGUGCCCCACCUCACCUUCUACCCAAGGUCGAUAUAUUCGAGAUCCGGGACGAGCCAGGAACCGUUGGCGGAGCCAUCAAUCUGACACCAAACGCCCUGCGCCUGUUGGACUACCUAGGCGUUUACCAGAUCAUCAAAGACAGACAAUAUGGCAUCACUGUUGAUGCUGUCGAAGUGUUCUCUGUAUAUUCCCAUCAGAAACUUGCCGAGUCCUCGUUCCGUGGGCCAAACAAUCAAGGCAUUGGCAGCCCACCCUACAAAGCCAUCCGUAUAACCCGUGCCUCCCUCAUGCAUGCCUUGAUCGCCGCUCUGUCCGACCACCCCAACAUAACCCUGCACCUCGGCCAUCGUGCCGCCUCCAUAACCGAAACCUCCACCUCGGUCACCGUCAGCUUCAACGCCCACCCUCCCCACACAGGCGACAUCCUCCUCGGCUGCGACGGUGUCCACUCCUUCACACGCAACCACCACGUCGACCCCACCCGCCGGCAGCUCUACACCGGCGUCGCCAACGCAUUCGGCUUCGCCCCACUUUCCGCCAGCGACCGCGCCGCCGCACACUUCGAGACCUCGGCACUCAACUUCUCGCGCCACGGCCUCCUGCUCACCAGCUACCACGAACCAACACGCACCUCGGGCUACGUCGGCGCCAUCCUCGCCACCCCCGACGUCGGCAGCCGCGAAGGGUGGCGCGCCCGAAGCAUCGACCGCGAUGCCGUGCGUCGCGACGUCAUGGGCCGCUUCGGCAGCGAAGCGGGCUGUGUCCUGCCCAGCGUGCGCACCUUCAUCGAGAAAGCCGCCGACUGGUUCCUGUGGCCCGUCUACAUGGUGCCGGAGGGCGGGACGGGGAAGUGGGCCACGGGCCGCACCAUGCUGCUGGGCGACGCCGCGCACGCCAUGCCGCCGCAGGGCGAGAGCACGGGCAUCGUGCUCGAGGAUACGGUGCUGCUCGCGCGCUGUCUGCUGGCGAACCAGCUCCUCCACGACAGCGGCAGCAGCGACAGCGGCAGCAGCGACAGCGGCGGGAGCACCGGAAAAGACGACAGCGUCACCGUCAUCAAAGAGGCGUUCGACGCCUACGAGAAUCUACGGAGAGGCCGCAUCACAGCCGCGUGCAAGGAGAGCAUGGCGGUCGUGCACAGCGUCGCCGCGACGGGGAAGUGGGGCUUCUGGCUCAAGACGUCCAUUGCCAUCCCCAUCUUUCUACGGCUGGGCCAGGCAAAGCGCAUCAGGCACUUCGAGGAGGAUGUCACGACGUGUGCGCUGGGGUUCGGGGAGCAGAUGGAGCAGAAUAGGCUGGUGGUGGUGCCGACGGCGGGCGUGAAGGGUGUCGUGUCAAGCGUGCUGGCGAGGAUGGGCGAUGCGUGGCGGCGGGGAGGGUUGUGGCGCCUGCUUUGGAUGCUCGUAUCAGGCCGGCAUCAUUGGUUGAGAUGA